AUGAAGUUCAUUUCGCUCCUCUCUGCUGUUUUGGUCUUUGUUCUCUCUGCUGCUAAUGCAGAAAAGGAAGUAGCCACUCUCGAAUUCUUGCCAGCUCCUCGCAUAUUCCCGCCACUGUAUAGAAUUCGUGCCGACUUUAGCAAGAGCCGCACUAGCCACGAGAUUACCUUGAUAACCAAGGAACGAAAUUGGCUUGCCUCUUUCCCCGAGAGAUCAAGCGGCGAGGUUGAAUACGACCAGCUUCCAAGUGGUCAAUAUAGCGCGAUUAUCAACGACAAUGAUGCGAAGGGUGGUGACAAGACUUUCAGGAUCGAUCUUACCAGACCCGGAGCAGAGUUCCACUAUGAAGGAACAAGCGUAGCCGAUGAAGCUGUCGAAGGUCUGCAAGCUGAUGCACACGUCCGAGCCAUGAGCGCGGGUGAUUAUUAA